AUGAAGGCACCACAUGGCAUGAAAGGCAGUCUUGUGAUCAUGCGGCUUGGCUCUAGGAAUUUAAAAAUUGGUGGUUUCAAACCAGCGCUUUUUAAUAAUUUUGCGACAUUAGAGUAUCCCCUGCCAGACAGCACAAAUGACAAAAGGAACAAGAGGUAUAAUUUGUUCUUUUUCGGCUCGGAAGCCACGAGAGGAGAGGGUGCUCAAAAUUUGCAUAAAUUAUGGAGUAACAAGCCACUUCAAAUCUGGCACAGAGAGACAGACACUAAACAUGAAGAAAGUCAUGUCUUACGUGUGACCGAUGAUGAUAUACAUUCCAUGGCCAUAGAAAUAAUAUCUCCGAGUGUCGCUGAUACCUACAUAACUUGCCCCGCUCAACUCAACCGUGUUCUUGGAAUCAAACUUCCGAUUCUUGUUCUCAUAGUAAAAAAUUUGAAAAAGUAUUUCACCUUAGAAGUCCAAAUUAUGGACGACAAAAAUGUUAUAAGGCGUUUCCGUGCAUCGAACUUUCAGUUCGUUACACGCGUCAAACCUUACAUAUGCACCAUGCCUAUGAGAUUGGACGAGGGAUGGAAUCAAAUCCAAAUUAAUCUUGCAGAUUUUACACGCCGCGCCUACAACACCAAUUAUGUUGAAACAUUAAGGGUGCAAAUACAUGCUAACUGCAGGUUGAGGAGGGUUUAUUUUGCAGAUAGGGUGUACGCAGAGGAAGAGUUACCUCCCGAGAUGAAGUUAUGGGUAUCAAACAAGGAGCAACGAGGUUGA